AUGUCAGGCGAUUCAUCAAGUAGCGCUGACCACAACCGCCGCAACUUCACACAGGGUCGAUACUCAACACAACCUGUUUCCACAUCCAUUUCCCAGGUCUUAGCCAUACCACCGCCACAAAUUGACUACUCUAUCACCACCAAUAUGCUUCCGAAUUACGACUCCUGGAAUAAUGUAUCGACCCUUCACAGCACCCAGUACCAUAAUCCGGUGUUAGGAGGUGCCAGUAUCGGGCACUCUUCUUCUCCUGCGAUAGGAAGCGGCUACUUUGCCCCACCGACAUCCCAAGAGGUGUAUCCGAAUGGCCCCUCUUCGCACUCCAUCAUUUCCUCGCAAUAUACCAUAACUAAUAAUCCGCCUUUCGUCUUUGACCCUAAUAUGUCAACCUCCGAUUUUUCGCCGUACAAUACCUCACCACAUCAAUGGCAGACUCAUACCGUCCCUCAGCCAGGACCUCUAAGCCUACCGCUCACGCCUAUGAUACCUCCGCCACAGGCUGCAGAAUCUUCACCCUUUACAUUUGUGAUGCAGUCCCAUGCAGUUCAUGGCGAACAAAUAGGCUACCCUUUAAACCAGCCACCAAUCAAUCAGCCCUUUCCGUUCCCGCCGCAUAGCCAUCCCUCGUCUCCUCUCAUGUCCUGCGAAUGGCUAAAUGACGCCGCUAUACACUGCGGAUUUAUAGGGACACUGGAGGCAUUAAAAUCGCACUGUAAGAUUGUGCAUCUUUCUGGACCAAGGAUCGCACAGAUUGGAUGCCACUGGGAGGGUUGCGACUACCACAGCCGCGAUGACCCCACGGUUCGCGUCAUGCGGCGCGACUGCAUUUGGCGUCAUAUUUGUGAGGUACAUUUGAGACUGAAGAGGGGUAAGAUCUAG